UUGAACUUUCCGAAUUCCAUGCAAGGACUGACUCUGUCUCUCUCUCUCUCCCCACAAACACACCAAAGGAAAAUGAGUUCUCUCAACUGGUAGGACUCAGUUAUUAGAAACCACAUGUGCUCUGUCAAUUGUAGCCCUCAUAUAUAAUCACACCACCUCAGCCAUUACGAUGGCAGCUAAUAAGCACGAGCUACUUCCUAAAUUCGAUCGAAUGUUUUUUGUUUUCGAACAAGAUUUACAACAGCCAGGAUAUAAGGAGCAUUUGCAGGGGAUUUAGGAGGAACAGAGAUAUUGUUGGAGAAGAAGGCAGGGGAUUUGAUUUGUUAUUUGGCUUCUCUCAGAGUUCAGAAACAUGGGACUUGCCAGCAACAUAGGGAAGUACCAGCUCGGGCGGACGAUUGGAGAAGGUACUUUUGCCAAGGUUAAGCUGGCACUGGACAGUACCAAUGGCAAGUAUGUUGCCAUCAAGAUCCUGAAUAAGCAUAUGGUCAUGGAAAGCAAUCUCAAGAAUCAGGUACAGAGAGAAAUUAGAACCAUGAAGCUUCUAAACCACUCCAACAUUGUGCGGAUACAUGAGGUGAUUGGUACAAAGACCAAAAUUUACAUAGUAAUGGAAUAUGUAUCUGGAGGUCAACUCUCAGACAAGAUGAUGUAUGCCAAAAGAUUUAGUGAAGGAGAGGCAAGAAAGCUUUUUCAGCAAUUGAUUGAUGCAGUGGACUACUGUCACAACAAAGGGGUAUAUCACAGAGAUCUAAAGCCAGAAAACUUGCUUUUGUGCGGUAAGGGGAGCCUGAAGAUAUCCGAUUUUGGACUAAGUGCAUUGCGUAAGCCUGGUGACCUGUUGUCAACAAAAUGUGGAUCUCCAAGUUAUGUUGCUCCUGAGCUGCUUGUCAAUAAGGUCUACGACGGAGCAGCUGCAGAUGUUUGGUCUUGUGGAGUGAUUCUUUUCGAAUUACUUGCUGGUGAUCUGCCAUUUGAUGACGCUAGCUUGAUGAGUUUAUAUAGAAAGAUUUGCAGAGCCGAUUUCACAUUUCCACAAUGGUUUACAGAAAGCCAAAAGAAGCUGAUCUCCAGAAUACUUGAUCCAAAUCCUGAAACGAGAAUAACAAUACCAAAGAUCAUGGAAAAUGAAUGGUUUCAAAAGGAUUAUGUGCCUUCAUGUGGAAACAAUAGUGACGAUAAAAUACACUUAGAUGAUGUCAAUGCUGCUUUUGAUUCAACUGAGGAGAAUGACAUGGAGACAAAAAUCCCAAAAUCCGCAAGUUUUAUAAAUGCAUUCCAAUUGAUAGCCAUGUCAAAUGAUCUCGAUUUGUCAGGUCUUUUCGAGGAAGAGGAUGAAAACAAGCAGAAAACAAGGAUUGGAUCCAAGCUUACGAUUAAUGAAACCAUAAAGAAAAUAGAAGCUGCUGCAAUGGAUGUGAGCCUUACGGUAGAAAGAACGAAAAACUUAAGGAUGAAAAUGCAUGCAAAGCAGAUUAUGAAUAGAUGCUCUAGAUCAUAUGUUGACAUAUCAGCAGAGGUGAUUGAAGUUGCUCCGACUAAUUGCGUCGUAGAAAUAUCAAGAUCUGCAGGGGAGCUCGGAACAUACAGAGAAUUCUGUAAGAGUUUAUCAAGUCAGCUGAGAGAGGAACCUGCUGUUUCAUCACAAAUGCAAGAGUCUGAUGUGGUCAGCAUUCAAAGCCAAAGUAUCCCCAAAAAAGAAAGCUCUGAGAAGACAAAUUCCAGAAAAAUUAAAGACCACCGUGGCUAUUCAUCGUCUUGAGUAGCUUCUUCUUUAUUUUUUUGUUUUUUGUUUUCUCAAGACCAAGUUACUGUAAAUGCAGAUUAAUAAGAACCAUAAAAAAUAAGCCUGAUUUCUGGAAAGCUUUUUUGCUUGCUGGCCGGAAGAAAAGAAGAGCAGAACAUUUUGAUUGCUUUCAA